AUGCUCGCAAACGCACCCCAAGCCUCACACACCACCACAAUCCUCUUCUUCGCGCUAAUCCUGAUCGCCUUCUUCCCAGGAAUAUUCCACUACCUCUGGACACUCCCGCUCAGCCUAAUCUUCUCCUCCUCAACAACACCAACAUACAACGGCGGCGGCCCAGCAGCAGACAUCAGGAUGGGCUCGUGGUACCAGAAGCAGUUCACACUCCCCAGCAAGUCGAGGGGCUCAUACCUGAUCACGGACCACGUCGUCAGCUCGCUGCCCGAGCUGAAGCAGUACAAGGUUGGCCUGCUGAACCUCUUUGUCCAGCACACGAGCUGCGCGCUCAGCCUGAACGAGAACUGGGACGACGACGUUCGUGCCGACAUGAGCGAUGCGCUGGACCGGAUAGCACCUGAGGAGGGGCCAAAGGGGGAGGAACUGUACCGCCACUCUGCUGAGGGCCCGGACGACAUGCCGGCUCAUAUCAAGUCGGCGCUAGUCGGUGCAUCAGUGACGAUACCAAUCCGAGACGGGAAAUUGGCCACAGGUACCUGGCAAGGGAUCUGGUAUCUCGAAUUUCGAGCAAUGAAGCACCAGAGACGUGUUGUCGCAACGAUCCAAGGAGAGAAGGCAUAG